AUGGAGCAGAAUGGAAAGACAGAAACUACCCAUACAUUCCUUAAAAACAAUGGAGAGCUAACCUCCAACUCCUAUCCCCCAGUCUUGCAGAAAAAUGUGGCACCUCUCCAAGUGGUUGUGCGAGAUGACAACUGCAUAGUUAUUUCCCUGGAAGCAGCUGACGUGGUGAGCUCAUCCUCGGUGUAUGUUGUGAAGAUCACCGGCGAAUCCAAGAACUAUUUUUUCCAGUUUGAUGAAUUCAACAGCACUUUACCUGCUCCGGUGGUUUUUAAUGCCACCUACCAUGGUCUUUAUUACAUAGUGACCCUGAUGGUGGUGAAUGCAAAUGUUAUUUCCAAGCCGGCUAGAUCACUAACUGUGUUAACUAAACCUCUACCUGUAACCAGCGUUUCCAUCUACGAUUAUAAACCAUCACCUGAAACAGAAGUAUUGUUUGAAAUCCAAUAUCCAGAGAAGUAUAAUGUUUUCACUCGGGUGAAUAUAAGUUACUGGGAAGGAAGAGAGUAUCGGACCAUGUUAUAUAAAGAUUUCUUUAAAGGCAAAACGGUUUUCAAUCACUGGCUGCCUGGAAUAUGUUACAGCAAUAUCACAUUUCAGCUGGUAUCGGAAGCGACAUUCAAUAAAACCACGCUGGUGGAAUACAGUGGGGUUGAGCACGAACCUAAGCAGCAUCGGACAGUUCCCUAUCCACCGCGAAACGUUUCUGUACAAAUUGUACGCAAGAGUAGCCGUGAGAACUGGGAAGAAGAGCACAGUGGGAAUUCCCCAGAACAAAUCUUCUUGGAGACACAAAAUGCCAUGGGGCAGGAAAAAGUUACUCCAGUGUUGGAUGAGUUGUCUGAGCUUCCAACAGUGAACGCUUCCUAUAUUUGGCCUGAUUAUCAUGCCAACAGCAGUGAUUAUGAAAGCACAUCUCAGCCAGAUUGGUGGACUAAUGAAUCCGAGGAUGAGAAUGAGUUUGUUAACGCAGUUCCAAGGGAUUAUGAGAACCUCAUCCCAACUGUAGAACUUGAAAAACCUACUUUAGGACCUCCAUCGUUCCUUCCAGUGCAAAUGGUAUUGAGCUGGUUACCUCCAAAGCCACCCACAGCAUUUGAUGGCUUCCAUGUUCGUAUUAAGAGAGAAGAGAACGUCACAGAAUUCCUGACAGUUCCAGAAGACAUUCACGAAUUUGUCACUGAUCUGAAAGAACCAGGAAAAUAUACAUUGUCGGUUACAACAUUCAGCUCCUCUGGAUCAUGUGAAGCACGGGAAAGCCAAUCUACCCAAACCCUUCGCUUUUAUAUUAGUCCUACAGGAGAAUUGAUAGAAGGGCUGACAGAAAAGCCUCAGGAUGUUGUGGUGACGGUGCUGAGUUCCACCACAGCCUCUCUGUCUUGGACAACUUCUCAGGAGACUGCUGGGAGCAACAAUACCAUUGUGUCAAUUGUUUCCUUGACGUGUCAGAAGCAGAAGGAGAGCCAAAGGCUGGAGAAACAUUAUUGCACAGAGGUGAAUACAAGCAGCAGUUUUAUAGAAAACCUUGUUCCUGGGGCUCAGUACCAAGUUGUAAUUUACUUACAGAAAGGACCACUAGUUGGGCCUCCUUCUGAUCCUGUUACAUUUGCUAUUGUGCCAACUGGGAUUAAAGAUUUAACUCUUUAUCCUCUGGGACCCACAGCUGUGGUCCUCAGCUGGAACAGGCCUUACCUUGGUGUCUUUCGGAAAUACAUCGUAGAAAUGUUUUAUUUCAAUCCAUCAACAAUGACUUCCGAGUGGACAACACACUACGAAAUAGCAGCAACCGUCUCGCUCACUUCUUCAGUGAAAAUAGACAACCUGCUGCCCGCCUGGUACUAUAACUUCCGAGUUACCAUGGUGACGUGGGGAGAACCUGAGCUUAGCUGUUGUGAUACUUCCACCAUUGGUUUCAUAACGG